AUGGGCCCCUGUACCGCCUCCUCAUGCUGCUGCCAGGUCCAGAGUGUGUCAUGGGUCCCUGUACCGCCUCCUCAUGCUGCUGCCAGGCCCGUAAUCUGUCAUGGGCCCCUGUACCGCCUCCUCAUGCUGCUGCCAGGUCCAGAGUGUCUCAUGGGUCCCUGUACGGCCUCCCAUUGCUGCUGCCAGGCCCGUAAUCUGCCAUGGGCCCCCGUACCGCCUCCUCAUGCUGCUGCCAGGCCCGUAAUCUGCCAUGGGCCCCCGUACCGCCUCCUCCUCAUGCUGCUGCCAGGUCCAGAGUGUCUCAUGGGUCCCUGUACGGCCUCCCAUUGCUGCUGUCUCCAUCGCCACACUCUGCCAUGUGCCACUUUCAGGUCUCCUCACACUGCUGGUGGGUUCCAUUUUGUCAUAGGGUGCUGUAUGGCCUCCCAUUGCUGCUGCCUCCACCGCCACACUGUGGCUCCACACUCUGGUUUUGGCCCCGUGACUGCCCAAAUGAGUGAAGUCUGCGGUGAUUUUAAGAUCGACGGCACUCAUCUGCAUGUCAUACUGACUGACAGUAUUAUUUCUCUUCCCCAGCAGACUCCAAGGGCAUUUAAAUUAAAGGUACAGUGUUCUGCACUAAUAUAA